AUGGCGGCCGUCGCCGAAUUCCCCGACGAUAACUCCGUCCAUCCCUUAUUACAACGUCCCAGCCCACCGCCCGACCAAAACGACGCCGUUCAACCUUCCCGCCGUCUAGCCACCACUUCCUUCACAGUCGCCGCCGUCGCAUGUCUGUCCCUCCUGCUCCUCGCAUCGCUCACGGCCUACGCCUUCUGGCCGUCGGAUCCGACCCUGACGAUCGUGCGGCUGCGGCUGACCAAAGUGAAGAUCCACACGGUGCCGUUUCCGAUCGUGGACAUAACGGUGCGGGUGACGGUGGAGGUGCGAAACGUCGACGUUUACUCGGUGGGGCUGUCGAGGCUGGACGUGGUGGUGUCCUACAGAGGGAAGAGGCUCGGGGAGGUGACGGCGGCGGGGGAAGGGAGGCCGACGGUGGUGGUGGGGGCGCUUACGACGUCGUAUUUGGAGGCGGAGAUGGAAGUGAACGGGAUCGGCGUUUUGUCGGACGGGUUGUUGCUGAUGAGGGACUUAAAGAGAGGGAAGGUCCCGUUUGGUACGGUGGCGGAAGUUGGUGGGAGGUUGGGUUUCCUCUCUUCUUUUGGAUUCCCUUUCAAGGCAAAAAUGUCAUGUGAAGUGUUGUUGAACACCCACAACGGAACAAUCGUCCGCCAAAGCUGUAACUGAUGAUCACCUGUGCCUACUGCCCAGCCCAGUUCACUUCCAAGUCUUCCAUAUAUUUAUGAUUACUAGAUAGAUGAACCAUGAACUUGGGAAUUGGACCAUGCUUAGAUAGAUGAACCACGUUUGGUGCUAUUGGACCCAUUGACACAAAGUCAUUUAUCUCUGAAACAAGUGAAGGGUAGAGAUCAAAAGCGGUGUCGUUCAACUUAGUGGCAAGACAUUUUAUUAUUUGCUGCCUAGUGUCAUGUGUCGUCUUGUUAUUUAUUAGUUUUCUUAAUUUUGUACAGACUGAUUGAGAAUGAUCAUGUGUGUGUAUAUAUGCCCUUGUGAUCAAGAGUAGGGAUGUCAAUGAAAUCCGGACCCGUGGCUAUCCGAUCCGACCCGAUUAAGACAGAUAAAAUUCGUGUUGACCGGGUUUGGAUUUAACUCGGUGG